AGAGUACGGGACGAGAAGUUGCUGCUGCCCGGUGUCGUUCCUCCGCCGCUGUUAUGUAACUUUUAUCCUGCUCGGUGAACGGGUGGUACAGCUGGUUCGGGCCUGUCCAGUUAACGUUGGCCGAGUUUGGAGGUUAACCAAACUGCAGGAUGCAUAUGCUGGCGUCAAACGGAUCCAUUGUGGAGUUGGGCUCGGAGUUGGUGAAAAUUAAAACACACUACAGAGGGGACAUGCUGAUCACUGACUUGGCUGCCACAGUAACCUUUGUGGAGCUGUGUGAGGAGGUGAAAACAAUGUGCAGUGUUGCCAGGCAGCAGCCCAUCACCCUCAAAUGGAUUGAUGAUGAAGGGGACCCUUGUACCAUUUCUUCUCAAAUGGAGCUGGAGGAGGCUUUUCGGAUUCACAGUCGAACCAAAAGGUCUGGUUUGCUUCUGCAUGUCUUCCCCAGCAUCCCAGAGGAGCCUGGCAUGCCCUGCCCUGGAGAGGACAAAUCGAUCUAUCGCCGUGGGGCCAGAAGAUGGAGGAAGCUCUAUCGAGUCAACGGACACCUCUUCCAGGCAAAACGCUUUAACAGGAAAGCCUACUGUGGCCACUGUAGUGAAAGGAUAUGGGGGCUGGGCAGGCAGGGCUACAAGUGUAUCAACUGCAAACUGCUGGUCCAUAAGCGCUGUCACAGACUCAUCCCUCAGACCUGCCAAAGGCUUAUGGAUCCAGCCAUGCCAUCACAAGAGCCCCCUUCAGAUGCCAAGAGUGAAGAGGUGGACCUUCCACCAGACGACACAGAGGACACAGAUGGGAUACCGUUUUUACCACACAACUGUGCAGUGGAUAAAACAGAAGAUGCAGAUACAGAGGACAUGAAAGCAGUAGUGGAUGGCAUUGAUGGUAUUAAGCUGUCCCAGGGCCUGGCUCUCGGACUGGGAGACUUUGACUUGAUCCGAGUGAUUGGGCGAGGCAGCUACGCCAAAGUCCUGCUGGUUCGACUAAAAAAGAACGAGCAGGUGUACGCCAUGAAGGUGGUGAAGAAGGAACUGGUCCAUGAUGAUGAGGAUAUUGACUGGGUGCAGACAGAGAAACAUGUGUUUGAACAGGCAUCCACCAAUCCUUUCCUCGUAGGCCUCCACUCCUGUUUCCAAACAGAAAGCCGGUUAUUUCUGGUGAUUGAAUAUGUGAAUGGAGGAGACUUGAUGUUUCAUAUGCAACGGCAAAGGAAGCUCCCUGAAGAACACGCAAGAUUUUAUGCUGCUGAAAUCUGUAUUGCUCUGAACUUCCUACAUGAAAAGGGUAUCAUCUACCGUGAUCUGAAGCUGGACAACGUUCUCUUGGACCAUGAGGGACACAUCAAGCUCACAGACUAUGGCAUGUGCAAGGAGGGGAUCAGACCAGGUGACACCACCAGUACUUUCUGUGGAACUCCCAACUACAUUGCACCGGAGAUCCUCAGAGGAGAGGACUAUGGCUUCAGUGUGGACUGGUGGGCUCUGGGCGUACUGAUGUUUGAGAUGAUGGCUGGAAGGUCCCCAUUUGACAUUAUCACCGACAAUCCUGACAUGAACACAGAGGAGUACCUCUUUCAAGUUAUUCUUGAGAAACCCAUCCGCAUCCCAAGGUCUCUGUCGGUGAAAGCUGCCAGCGUGCUCAAGGGCUUUCUAAACAAGGAUCCUAAGGAGCGGCUGGGUUGCCAGGUCCAGGCGGGCUUCACAGAUAUCAAGUCACACACAUUUUUCCGCAGUAUAGACUGGGAUCAGCUGGAGAAGAAAGAGAUGACACCACCCUUCAAACCUCAAAUCUCUGAUGAGUACGGCCUCGAAAACUUUGACACCCAGUUUACUAAUGAACCAGUGCAGCUAACGCCGGAUGAUGAGGACGUCAUCAAGAGAAUAGACCAGUCAGAGUUUGAGGGAUUUGAAUACAUCAACCCCCUGCUGCUAUCCACAGAAGAGUCUGUAUGAAGGAGAGGCCAGCUUCCUCCUUCGCCCACCAACUGUCUGUCCAAGCUGCCGUUUCAGCCAAAAAAAUCACUCGCAAGCCAACUCUGAAAGGCGAGGAAAAGGAGGAGGAAGAGUAUAGGACAACAGGGAGGACGAACUCACCCUCUGGACCUGUCAACAAGGCAAAGCAAACUGGAGUAGGGGAGAGUUUCCUUUCUGGAUGAUUCCGAUUGUGUCGUUUGGGUACCAGACUGUUCGUAUCGGCAUCCACAAGGAAAACAGAGACACCGGACUACAACAUUCCCUGUCGUUACGUUGUCUAUUUUUCUGUCUCAGCUUCGUUCAUUUUCCCCUCAGAAUGUCCAUUCUCGUGUCAAAGCACAACCAGCUUUGUCAUUUCAAAAGAGACAUGUUUCAUUCUGUGCCUGCCAUCAUGAACACAUUUCAGCCCGUCUCACAUCCCUGGAUGAAUAUGACAGUUCUGAUGAAGAACUUGAAGUGAUUUUAUGUGCACUUUUUUUCUAAAAAAAACAAAGUUAAUUUCUUUUUUUUUCUAUCUUGUAGGGGGGCGAUGCCUCACACAAAACAAGAAUGUACAAUGACAAAGAAAAAAAAUAAGUUAUUAUUGUGUAUUAUAAUGUAGGUAGUGAAUCCAAAAUUGACGAUGCCUUUUUAUUGAUGCAAGUGGCACAUUUUCAUCCAUAACCACAACCUCCCUUUUCUUUUCUUUUUUAAAAAAAAAAUCUUUUAUGAUUUUCUCAAACAAUGGGGGGAAACACUAACAGGGAGACAACUUUUUAUUUAAGAAGUGCCUCAAAGCUCAAAUUAAUUACCGCAUCUCUGAUUGCACUUAUCUCUUAUUGGACAUUUCUUCACCCAUCAUGGCUUCAGCAGGUAAAGCAGCUGAAAGCUAUGGCUGCCUGGGUCCAAACUCCUCCAAUUUGUUAAGGAAUCAAUAUGUUUGGAGCUCAGUAGCCUGCCUCAGAGAUGACUUAAUUCAAAAAAAAUCAGUGUGAAACAAAUUAUCUCCAAUCUAUGAAUUGACAAGAGCAGCAUCUAAGCAACAUCAGACAUGCCUAAAACUGGUGGCGACAAGAGACAAAAUGCUCAAAGGUAAAGCUGGAUGUAUAGAUAGUGAAAAGUAAAGAUUGUGUCCCACUCACCAGGAAUUUCACACUUUAUCAGUCUGAGAUGAUCAGCUGGGUGCUGUACAGCAGACACCACACAGCCCUGUAUGUCAAAACACCAUAUAAAGGUAUAUGAAGGUAAUGGUAUACUCGCUGCCAGUUGCAGUCUGGCAGCUUUAGAAACACAUACAGCAUACCGGACUGAAAAACAAAGCAUUUCAUGGGCUCCAGCUACCGCAGUGUGUACAGGCUUCCUGGCUGAGCUUGGGUUCUUCCUCACCAGCUGCCACUGUGUGACCAUCUGCAGCCGCUCAAAAAUACCAUUCGACCUGGUGGUUGUGCUGCCUCGUCUCAUCUCCAUUUCCACUUUGGGCUCACUGUGUGUGUCCAUCUCUGCCCUGAGGCCGGUUCUAUCUGCUGCAACUGUCGCUCAGUGAUGCUUGAAUUGACUCGAUUGCUCCUUUGGUUGUGAAAGUCCACAUGAAAUGUCAGUUAGGAAUCAUGUUAAAAUGAUAUUUAAAUGUGUUCUUCAUGUUGCUGCAGUGCUAACGGACUGGACUAUUGUGCAGAGUCCAAACAUUAUGAUCAUGUGGACAGUAAACAAGCAUGUGACCAGAUCUGAGUGCACAUGACUGCGGUUCCCCAGGUGGAGACGGGGAACCCAAGGCUACAGUGACCCUAAAAUGGACGGAUGGAUGAAUGAAUGAAUGACAUGAAUGAUUCUUAGUCUUGCUUUUUAACUGUAUUGCCAUGUGUCCCGAUCUAAUGUUCUAAAUGUUUCCAGUUUCAGCUCACUGUACUGCAUUUAGACACAGUUCUUUUAAAACAGAUUGUGAUUUAAACUGGUGCAUUAAGAAGUUUUGUUAAGUCAAAAAUAAAAGUAAAACAUGUUUAAAUUCCCCUAAAGUAUCAGCAAGAAGUGCUGUUUUGGUACUGGUGUCAGUAUUGACCAAUUUUAAGUCAGAAAUCAUGAUAUUCAUCAGUUCCAACGCCAUUUACUUUCCACAAUCUUCUGUCAGUUCUUGUUCCAUUAUGCUGUGGAGGUUGGGGUCACUUGGAAUGUUCUGGCUGAGUUUAUUACCCGGUGUAAAGACAGACAAACACGUGAUAGUCUGCACUCUUAUGUCUGGGAAUCAGAGGCUUAGCUUGCCUCUAUAUGCCAUCCGUCACACACUGCUUCAUCCUCAUCAGGGUCAUAGGGGGGCUGGAUUCUAUCCCAGCUGACUUAGGGUGAAGGCUCACCUGGACAGGUAGACACAGAGACAAACAAGCACACUCACAUUCACACCUAGGGACAAUUUAAAAUCACCACUUAACCUGAGAACCUGGAGAAAACCCACACAUGCACAGGGAGGACCAUCAAAAUCCACGCAGAACGAUCCCAGGCCGGGAUGCAAACCGGGGAUCUUCUAGCUGCAAGGCGACAGUGUUAACCACCGAUCCACUGACUGCAGCCCAUAAGCUCAUCAAUUCAUCCAAAUCAGAAUGUCACACCCCCAGCUGCUGGUGCACAGCAAGUACACACACAAUGAGAAGCCAAGAGUUUUUAAGUAAACGGUCAAGUUUUAGGCUGUUUCUAAUUCAGCCAUCUUCAUAUACUGCCACCUUUACACACAACAAACAACAUGGAACCAAAUGUAGACUUGAACUGUUGAAAGCCUGGUAAAAAUAAAUAAAUAAAUAAAAAUCAUACACGUAUAACACAUCUGUGAAUAUCAACUACGAGCACAAAUUAAAGUCACCAACAGAAGUCUUUGCCUCUGAAGCAAGCUCAGUGUCGCUCCCUACAUCCGUGUGCUUCCGAAGAAAGAAGAGCUCGCUAUUGGCUGAGAAAUAUUUGAUGAAAUCUGACCAAUUAGAUAACCACAUAAUAGGAUUAAUUAGCUGAUCCCAUGUCAACAGGUCUCAAUUAGCUGGAGGGCCUUUACAGGCAGGGAAGAAGCAGAUAGAGGGGAGAUAAUGAAGCAGUUUCACAGUCACCAAUUAGUCCAACAGACACACAGCUAGAAAUCCCUUCAACAUUCAAGGAACUUUCCUCUUCCACCCUCCCAAACUCAGCUCAUUGCUGCAUUGUAUUAAUGUAGUGUUUUUGUUGACCAUUUUACACACUAUGUGAUACAUUGGUGGCAUUUUUUUCCCCCUAAGGGACCAAUGGAUAAACUGGGAGUCCUUGAAUCCACCUAACAGAACACUAAAGGCCAUUCAAACACCAAUAGAGAAAUAUUCUUUAAAAAUGUAUGAAUUCAGACCAUGAUUUUUGGUUUAACAUAAUGCUGGUUGUAUCUGCUUCAUUUUGCUUUACUGCAUCUUUGUAAAUAUGUGUAAUUAUUAAAAAUGAUACUGGUUUUCCGUG